AUGGCCUGGAAGUUCUCCAGCCUGUUCUUGAACCCGCAGGAAGAUGCUAAGGGGGUUUUGGCCUGCCAGAGUCGAAAGAAGUGGAUGCGCCAGCUUAAGGAGGUGGUGUUGGUGCUGGCGCGCCGUGGCGGCGGCGUGAAGAAGAAUAAGAAGAAGCAUGGUGCCCGGGGCGCCAACUGCAAGGGCGGUGCUAAGCACGGCGGCCCGUCCGGGGGUGGCUCUGGGGGCGACCCCUCGCCUCCGGCGGCCAACGCUGCGGCCGCAUGA